ACGUAAUGAAUCUCGGAUCGGAAUUUAUCUUUUGCACUGUAGUAUUCAAAUUUAAAACAAAAAUAUUUAAGCUUCAAAAUCGGUUUUCACUUGUACUCCUUACACACUAAUCACUCCAAUCUCCCAAGCUUCUGCGUUCUAUCCUCUCCUCAUGAAUUUCUUCAAAUCCGUUUUCUUAGACGACCCGGAUCCUCUCCAACCCGAAUCCGAAUCCAACAAUGCGGCCCAUAACAAAGACCCGGAUCCAGAGUCCUCCUCGCCAACGAAACCCCUAUCCACCACCGGCGAUUCCGGUGGCGGCGACGGUUGGAACUUCGGGGGCCUGUUCAAAACCUUGACGGAGAAAUCGGAAUCCAUAAUCGAGACUUACCGUCGCGAUCUGCAAGAAUUCGGCACGGGUUUGAAGAAGGAGAUUGAGGUGGCGCAUGGUUCUCUCGGGACAGUGGGUCACGCCAUCGACGAGUUUGGAAACACCGUCGUCAAAGGAACGGCUCAGAUCAUAUCUCAAGGUAAGGAUGCUAUCCUCGCUGGCGAUCUCGAUUCUGAUUCCGAUAACGGAAGCAGCAAUCGCAAACGCGUUAGCGGAAAGAGCUCGGAUUCGAAGCGGUACAGUAGGUUCGAGGCUCAGGUUCGUGCUAUUCAGGGUGAUGUUAGCACUUACUCCGAGGAGCCAGAGGAUUUGAGUGAGUUCAAUGAGUGGAAAUUAGGGUUUUCGUUGGAUGGGAAAAGUGAGGAAAUGGAGGGAUAUUUCAGAGAGAAUGAUGCUAUGGAGAGUGUUUAUAAAAGGGUUGUUCCAAACAUUGUUGAUCAUGAAACGUUCUGGUCUAGGUAUUAUUAUAAGGUUUAUAGGCUCAAGAAAGCUGAAGAUGUUAGGGCUAGGCUUGUGAGGCGAAUUUCCAAGGAAGAGGAAUUGAGUUGGGAUGUUGAAGAUGAAGAUGAUGAUGAUGAUGAUGAUGAGGAGGAGGAGGAGUAUGAUGGUGAAACUAAACCUGAGCUUAUGAUCAAUAAGGAGGGUGGGGGUGAAAAUGUGGUUAAAAGGAUGGAUACUCAGUUGCAUAUUGGUGGCAAUGAGGGAGAAACAAAGAGACUGAAUGAGGAAAAGGUGCAGCAUUAUGGUGAAGAGGGGUCUAAGGUUGAAAAGAGUGACAAUUUAUUGCAAACUGAGGAAGUUGGCAACAAGAUGGAUAAGUCUGUUGAGGAAAAACAAGUUGAGAAAUCUGAAGUUGUUCAUGAGAUGGGUGGGGGAAGUAAGGAAACUGCUGCAGAGUCCGGUGUUGAUAAGGCAUCCAAGUUACAGGUCGAUGAUGCAUUGAAAAAGAAUGAUUCUGCAGCUGAAUGUGAUGAGAAGGUGAUAAGGGAAAGGGAGGCUGGUGAUGGUAAAUAUCUGGGUAAAAAUAACGAGUCUUUGGUGGCAGAAACUCAGCACUCGUCAAAUGAGGAGGAUCUUGAGUGGGAUGAUAUUGAGGAUCUUAGCAGUAUUGAUGAAAAGAAAGCAACUCAUAGUAGUAGCACAAGCAAAGUUGAUUUACGGAAGCGCCUUAGUGCUGCGGAAGAAGAGGAAGACUUGAGUUGGGACAUUGAAGAUGAUGAUGAGCCUGCUAAGGCUUAACAUUUGAUGAUUCUGUUCUGAUUUCUCAAUAGAAAUAUAUGUGUAUUACAUGUCUAUGGUUCUUAUGGUCAAAGUUCAAAGCAGAUUCCUUACUCUUCAGUCUUCUGGCAGAAAGUGUGUAAUCUGACAGCAUCACUUGUGGUGCGCUGUGAGGAAUAUGUUAAACUGAUAUAGUUGUGUAUAUUUCUAUUACACAGAUAGUUUGAUGGAUUUCCCCAAUAGACAUUUGAUGAUUUUGCAUUUUUGUACGCUAUAUAGUUUUCUUUUGGUUCGUUUUUACGAAGCUGAAAUCUUGUGUGAUUAUUGACUCAGCAGGGACUGUGAAAUGAAAUUCUCGUUUUCUUACAGGUGUGUCAUUAAAGCAGGCAAAGGAAAUGUGGUUCACAUUUCCGUCCUAUACUGUGUAAGUACCCUUUCAAAAGUUAUUGUAUUAAGGAAUCUAAAAAUGCUUGAAGCUAGCCUUUGUUCUCUUUUCCAACCUCCUGGUAUCUGUAAAUGUGUCAAUCGA